CGUCGGCAGUGAUGAGUCACGCAACAGACGCUGCAUAAAUUUCAGCCCCGCCGAGCCGGGAGCGUUCAGGAGCGGCUGGCAUUGUCGGGUGUCGGUGUCUCAGCGUGUAGGUGACUCGACGUGAUUGUAUUCGGUGUCUUUGCGUUCGCUAACAGGUCAAAAUGCAGAUCUUCGUGAAGACCCUGACUGGCAAGACCAUCACCCUGGAGGUGGAGCCCAGUGACACCAUCGAGAAUGUGAAGGCCAAGAUCCAAGAUAAAGAGGGCAUCCCCCCUGACCAGCAGAGGCUCAUCUUUGCAGGCAAGCAGCUGGAAGAUGGCCGCACUCUUUCUGAUUACAACAUCCAGAAAGAGUCGACCCUGCACCUGGUCCUGCGCCUGAGAGGUGGCAUGCAGAUCUUCGUGAAGACCCUGACUGGCAAGACCAUCACCCUGGAGGUGGAGCCCAGUGACACCAUCGAGAAUGUGAAGGCCAAGAUCCAAGAUAAAGAGGGCAUCCCCCCUGACCAGCAGAGGCUCAUCUUUGCAGGCAAGCAGCUGGAAGAUGGCCGCACUCUUUCUGAUUACAACAUCCAGAAAGAGUCGACCCUGCACCUGGUCCUGCGCCUGAGAGGUGGCAUGCAGAUCUUCGUGAAGACCCUGACCGGCAAGACCAUCACCCUGGAGGUGGAGCCCAGUGACACCAUCGAGAAUGUGAAGGCCAAGAUCCAAGAUAAAGAGGGCAUCCCCCCUGACCAGCAGAGGCUCAUCUUUGCAGGCAAGCAGCUGGAAGAUGGCCGCACUCUUUCUGAUUACAACAUCCAGAAAGAGUCGACUCUCCACCUGGUUCUCCGUCUGAGGGGUGGCUGUUAAUUCUUCGUCUUGAAUUCAUAGUGCCCAAUGAUGGCAUUGCUCUGCACUAUAGCCUUUUGCCCCAAUUUAAGUUUCAAAAUUACCAGAUUCAGUAAUAGCUGAAUCACUGGUUUUCUCAAUAGCUGUUCAAAAUGUUAAUAAAAGUUUUGUUGCAUGGUAGCAUA